AUGGACACCAUCCCAGAAGGUCCUUCGGAAUCCCCAAGGGAGCAGCAUUUGGAGCUGCGGAACGAGGCCCAUGUGGAACGGUUCUUUGCUGCAGCUUUGGAGCUGAGAGAACAGCACCAUCUUGUGGACCUGACCGUGACCCUAGGCCAAAGGAACUAUGAAGGCCACGCCGUCCUCCUUGCCGCAGUGAGUUCCGUCUUCCGACAGCGCUUAGAACGAGGGGAGCCAGGUGUGAUGGAGCUCGAUGGUGUGACCACACCACGUGGCUGGGAGGCCAUUCUGAAUUUUGCCUACACUGGGGAGUUAGAAGCUACAUCAGAGACAGCGGAGGAGGUCUUGGAUGCAGCUGAAGCACUGGGUGUCCCUCGCGUGGCUGUGAUUUGCAAGUUGGUAUUGACUGGGACCAAGACAGAGGACAGACUGAGUCCAGCAGAAGAAAAAUGGGAGACCCUACGGAGCUUGGAGCAGUUUUAUGAAGAAGCCAUUGGCUGGGACCUGGAGCUUAAAGCUGAGGGAGAUACCUACCAAGUUCACCGCCUAGCUCUGGCUUGCGGCUGUGAGUUCUUCCAUGGCAUGUUCACCAGCGGCAUGAAGGAAUCUCGGCAGGGGGGUGCCCCUCUCUGCACCCACUUCACCUCCACUGACCUGGGCCUGGUCAUCUCCUUUGCAUAUUCAGGAAUGCUGGUGGGUGGAUGGGAUUAUCUCUUUGAUGCUGCCCAGGCUGCCCUGCAAUACCAGGUCUCCGGCAUCUUGGAACUCUGCCUGGAUCACUUCCAUCACAAGCUGAAUCCUGAAGCCUGCUUGGAUGUCCUCUCCUUUGCCCGGGCCUAUGGCCUCCAUGAUCUGGAAAACACCGCGGAGAAUUUUGUGUUAAGGAACUUUGCUCAUGUCAUGUGCACACCCAAGUUCCUGGACCUCCCCGUCAAUGAGUUAGUGGACUUCCUCAGUUCGGAUGCUCUCUACAUCCUCAAUGAACUGGAGGCCUUCCAAGGAGCUAUUCGCUGGCUGGAUGUUGACCGGGCAGGCCGGAUGCAUUAUGCUGAGAAGGUCUUGUGCUGUAUCAGGUUCCCUUUGAUGUCUACUCGGGAACUCAAGCAGGUGCGGGCAGAAGACAUGAUGGCCUCCCCAGGCCGCUUUUAUAACCUCAUGGUUGAAUCUUUAGCACGCCUCCCUCCAGGCCCUUCCAAGAUGGAGCAACUCCCUUGCCGGGUGAGGUACCCUGAGAAGGUGAUUGUCAUUAGUGGUGGAGAUACCCUGGCUGUGAAUAUGGCCACUCGCAGACCCAGCCAGGACCUCUGGUUCAGCCACCGCUUCCUCAGUGGCAUCGGGUUGGUCAAGCAGGUGGAGUGGCGGCGUCUUGGGGAGCUCCCCGAAGGGCCCCGCUUCCGGCAUGCUGUGGUGGUCAAGGACAACGUGAUGUACAUCUUUGGGGGGAAGCACUACUAUGGGAUCAGGGACACCAUCUGCUCCGUGUUCAAGUAUGACCCCUUCUGUGGCACCUGGGAGAGACUGGCUGACAUGACCAAUUACCGGAGCUACUUCCCAGCAGUCUUUCUGGAUGGCUUUUUCUAUGCUCUGGGGGGCAGCUCCAAUGAUGCUUACUGCCUGGAUUCAGUCGAGUGCUAUGAGCCCCAGAGCAAUGCCUGGAGGCUGUGCACACCUCUGCCCACCCCACUCUGUGGCCAUGCGGCUUGCGUCCUGGACGGAUCCCUCUACAUCUCCGGGGGCAGCGACGGUACCUGCCGCUGCCGCACGACCCUGUUCCAGUAUCACCCGGGCGGCCCGCCCACCCCGCUGGCCGCCAUGCGAGAGGAGCGUGCGGGACACGCCAUGGAAGCGCUGGACGGGCGGCUCUACGUGGCUGGCGGCCUGCGAUGGCGGGACGGCCAUGGGGGCUACGCGGAUCAGCUGGCGUGCGAAGUCUACAGCCCCGGCCUGGACGUCUGGGUUGCCCUCAGCCCUCUUCCGCAGGCCCAUGUCAUUGCUGGCUCUGCGGUCCUGCAGGGGGAGCUGUACCUGCUGGGCGGAUACAGCCACAACACCUAUCGCGACACACACCUGAUCCACUGCUACAACCCAAGCCACGACCGGUGGGUCAAUGUGGGGACUUUACCCCAGGCUUAUGCUGACCUCAGGGCCUGCAUCUUGGACGUCCCUUCCUCCCUGCGGGGAAAGGAGGCCUUGCCUUCCGAGAUCCCCAGCCUGCAAAUCCCUCCGGAUCCUUCAGCUGAAUCCCCACAUCCAAGCCACAGUUAAGGCUCCCCAGCUGCUACUUUGCAGAAAACUUCAAUGCGUUCAGAGGUUUUAGAUCGCUUGUAUCAUUUCUCUGCAGUUGCAAAGAAGAAGCAUUGGAUGUCCAGAUUCUGCUUGUGGUUCUUUAUCUAGGGCAG